AUCGAAGCCAGAUCUUCCUCACUAACUAGUCAGUGGUGAGAGUGGUGGCUGAGGUAGAUCCUCACUUAAGUACGGUGUACGUGACGGCAGGUGGGUGUAAUUACAGGUGUGGCGAGGUACAGGUGUGGUAAUGGAGGGUGUGAGGGAGGUCAGACACCUGGGGAAUGGUACCUUUGGUACAGUGUACCUCGUGGAGAAGGACCAGAAUCUUUAUGCAUUGAAGAAGAUUGACCUGAGCAAGAUGUCGACUAACAGCUGGAGUUACCAGGUCAGGGAAGUGAGGCUCCUACAGCAGCUGAGACAUGAAAACAUCGUCUCCUACGAGGAUUACUGUAAGAUAGGUAUGGAGAUUCAUCUGUUGAUGGAGUACUGUGAUGGUGGCAACCUGCACACUCACAUCCAGAGAAGGAAGCGAGCUAGCACACCCUUCCCAGAAUGCCAGAUCAGAGACUGGACCACCAAACUCGCAUCAGCUCUCCAGUACCUACACCAGAGGAAUGUGGUACAUAGGGACGUGAAGCCUAUGAACAUCUUCCUGACCAAAACUGGUGGUCUCAAGCUUGGCGACUUUGGUCUGGCUCGGGUCCUAAGCCCGACCUCUGAUCUGGCCACUACUGUCAUCGGUACCAGGGCUUUCAUGGCACCGGAGGUGUACAGCGGUGAGUCCUACGGCAGCAAGGCUGACCUGUGGGCACUGGGAUGCUGCAUCUUCGAGAUUGUCACCUUCAGGUUCGCCUUCCCAUUCACGAAUGUGCAGGUGCCAGCUGGAUACAACCCACAUCUGCAGCAGCUGAUCACAGCUUUGGUCAGCUAUGACCCCAAGACCAGACUCUCAGCCCAGCAGGUACUCGACCACCCCUUCCUCGCUCACCACAACACCAGUGAAGCUGGCACCCCAGUGUUCAGUGCAGGCGAUACCCUGGUGCCCAAUGCAGGUGAAAGCCUGGGGGUCAAUCAAGGUGACACUCAGGUCUUCGGAGUCCGUGACACUCAGGACAGUCACUCUGAGAUCAGAGUCAUCAUUAAGGACAUAGAUGACAGGAAGUUCUCCCUCAACGUCAGCUCCUUCCUGACGGUGUUGGAGCUGAAAAGGAAGCUGCAGGAGUCGUCCGGUAUAGACGCUGACUCUGUCAGCAUCGUCUUCGGCCAGGUCACCCUCAACGACAAGAAGAUGCUCAACAGCUACAACAUCCACUCUGGCAGCACACUUCAAAUCUUCCUCAAGUUCCUGGGAGGUGUGAGCUUACUGUGUGGAGGGUUGAGUCUUCAGUCACUCAGCUGAGCGACCAAUGAGGAUCCAAUUCUGCAUAUAACUAUAUUAAUAAUUUUCGAAGGGGCAUGUUUUUAUAUCUUGACUCUAGAAGUUUGUCAGUGGAUUCGACCCUUAAACUCAACCAUAACAACGGCAGUCUGAUACACAGCCAAGGCUGGAGGUGAGCAAGUAAACUUUAUGAAAUUAGAAAAUUUCUAAUGAACGCAUGUACCCCUUUAUCAUCCAGUGAUAUUAUUAUUAAGAAUCUUUUGAUUUAAUUCCUCGUGCUAUAUACGCUCUCCUUAGGAAAUUUCUAGUGCAACUGUGGAAAAUAUUGUAUAUUUUCUGAAAUAAAGUGUACUUUUGCAUGUAAA